CCGAACACUGAAAAAUAAGAAAGUCGGAAAAAGCUAAAAUUGAACUUGAGGCUUACAGCGUGUCUUUUGCAUUCCCUUACUGGCUUUAUUUUUGGGUAUUCCCCAAGUCUUUGGCACAAUGAUCCAAUACACAUACGUAGCGGUUCGCAAUGAAUCCUUCGAACCGGACCUCCGCAAUGAGGGCACCUACCUUUGUAAAAUGCCGGCCCCGCCGCCACCACCGCCGGGUGCCAAAAACUGGUAUAGUCAUUUGAAGCCACACGAGCGCCUCUAUUACCACCAGACCAUGAACUCGGUCCGAUGCAGCAAACGCUAUCGCGGCAAUCCGAAUGUACCGCGGGAUUCGUUGGACUUGCAGCUGCAGUCGCGGUAUGAUCAUAGCCGCGAGGCAUUUCCGGAAAAGGUGGAUUCGGUGCUGCAGCGGGAAACGUGCAAGGCCGUCACCAGCUGGUCAGCACCGGCUGCUGAAAAAGAAAUUGGGGCAAAAAUCAAGGUCUUCCGUGUCCUACGCAACACUCGCACGGUUCGUAGGAAACAGGAGGAUGCACUGGGCCAUCCGUUGCGUAUUGGUGGUUGCAAGGAAAAGGUUCACCCCCAUAGCGUAAAGCUUAUUUGUAGUGGUGUACAUAAUCAAUUGGUCAACAAUGGCUUCUCCCGCCAGACUUCGGACGGCAACUUCUUCCGCUACUAGACCAAACCAGUGUUUUUUGUUUUUUUUUUUUUGGCUAACUGCACGUACAAUAAUUCACAGAGGAACACGAUACAACAUAUAAUUAUUGGGAAAAUUGAAUAAAAUUUACAGAGCAACGUCAUAAGUGCAAGUCACGCAGGAGACAUCAGUUUCGGCUGUUUGGCCGCACCAGUUGGUUCUUCCAGCUGCAGUUCCACCUCUGAAGCCUCCGGCGCUGCUUUAUGGCGUUGUUUUUUGUUUUGGUUACGAUAA